AUGGCGUUCGAGAUACCUCUAGAUCAAAUAAAGCACUUACAGAUCCUUCUCCGCCAACAGGCCAACCUCUCAUGGUACCACCCAGAAAAAGACGAAAAUCUCCCUCUCCCGAAGCUAGCUUCUGUCACAGAAACCGUCGCGAAACUCGAUCCCUCGCCACCUCAUCUCCGCUGCAAGAAUUGCAAUGGAAGGCUCCUCCGCGGUGUCCAGUCCUUCAUCUGCGUCUUUUGUGGCGCAAAUCCUCACAAAGAUCUUCCUCCGGAUCCUAUCAGAUUUAAGAACACUCUUGGAUAUCGUUGGUUGCUUGAAUCUCUUCAACUUGAUGGAUCGGAGAUGGUGGAACCGAUAGUGGAUGAACUUACAUCAAACAGAGCGAGGAGUGAGUCAAACAUUGAGAUUCCUUUAUCUGAACUUUUAGAUUUGGAAAUUCAAUGGCAGCCUUCUGAGGCUGAAAGAACACUGUCGAGUAAUUCAGAUUCGGAAGCAUUUCCAGGGGAAAGUUCGUUGAGUUUGUCUGGUGUUGAUGUUGAUCGUUUUUUUGAGCGGAGGGAAUUUGAUUCUAAUGUGUCUGAGUUGAAUUCGGUGUCUGAAAGAAAUGUGGGGGCUGCUUCAGAUAACAGUUUCCAAGCUAAUGAGAAUCUCAGUUUGUUUCAGAAUGUCAAAGCUUCGGAGGCACUGGGAGGGUCUGUAGAGGAUCGGAGUGGUGAUUCCUUUUCGGGUUGGGAGGCUAACUUCAAGUCUGCUAGUUCUGGUCCUGUUCAUGAAGAGUUCAAGUCAGUUGAUCAUUCUAAAGUUAAAUUGGAUAUGGUGUCUGGAUUUCGAAAUGAUUAUGUUGGUGUAACGAAGAGUGAUGAUUUCAAUCCUUCAGCAUCCGAAGAUGAUUGGUUUCAGGGUGAUGGAUUUAGAACUUCUAAUUCAAUGAUAGAUGGCCAGUCUGGGAAGUUGGAAAAGACCGGGGAUCUCCAUCACACGGAAAGAGAAGAAAUUGAUAAUGCUUCCUCAACUAGAAAUUUGGAUUGGAUGCAAGAUGACCAAUGGCAAGAGAGUGACUCCAAAAUACCCGAUAUUGGAGCUACUGAUGAAGAUGAUUCAUGGAAUGAUUUUACUGGCACAACAAGCACUCAAGACCCUUCUGGUAUAAUUUCCAGCUCAACGAUAACUGCCCAGACCAGCAAUUUUGAAUUCCCUGCGGCAAAUUUAAUUGAUGCAAAACCGGAAGAGGGGGCUAAUAGUUCUUCUAACAAGGAAUUUGACUGGAUGGGAGAUAACCAAUGGCAAGAUAAUGAUAACAAGGCAACUGAUAAUGUUGGUACUAAAGAAGCUACUGUUUCGUUUGAUUCAUGGAAUGAUUUCACUGGCUCAGCCAGUGUGCAACAUUCUUCCCCCAAUGUUUCCAAUUCUGAGAAAACUGACCAGACUGGGAAAUUUGAAAUGACUGAAGAUCCUAAUAAAACAAAAAGGGCAGAAAGUGAUGUUGGUUCAGCUAGUAAUUUUGACUGGAUGCAAAAUGACUCAUGGCAAGGGAGCAAUAACAAGGCAACUGGUAUUACGACUGCUAAUGAAGUUAGUGAUUCAUUUGAUGCAUGGAAUGAUUUUACUAGUUCAGCCAUUUCACAAAAUCCUUCUAGUAGUGUUUCACACUCUGAGAUAAAAGACCAGACCGGGAUAUCUGAAUUUACUGCUGAUCUUCAUGAUACCAAUACAGUAAAGGGUGAUAAUGCUUCUAAAGUUAAAAGUUUGGACUGGAUGCAAGAUGACCAAUGGCAAGUUAGCAAUAACAAAACAACCGACACUGUGACCACUAAAGAUAACGCGGGCCCCUUUGAUGUUUGGAGUGACUUUACUAACACGGCCUCUAGACAAGAAGAUCCUUUCAAAAAUGUUCCUUUACAAACUCUGAAUCAAACUCAUUCUGAAAAGACCUUUGAAAUGAAUUUAUUUGGAUCAUCAAACAGCUCAUAUGAUAUGGAUUUUAGUGGAUUUUCACAACAUGAUAUUUUAAGACAGUUUGAUAAUCCACUGAGUACUCCUGCUGCAAUCAAUGCUCAGCAUACAGUUGCUUCUUUAAACAGGGUGGCUGAUGAGGAUACUGUGAGGCAAAAUCCUAGAGAUUUUUCCACCGCAGACGUAGGAUCCAAAGAUGACGUAGAGAUGUUGAUGUCACAAAUGCAUGAUCUAUCCUUUAUGCUUGAGAGCAAUCUUUCUUUUCCUUCAAAAUGA